AAAAGGAUUGGAGUAAGACACAAAUAACCAUUCAUUAUCAACAUCUCUCUGAAGAAUCCAUCCUCCCUGUGUUGGACUGUUGGCUCUUCAAACUUCUUUCUCCCACUCAGCCUUCAUCGAUGCUUCUUUAUUUUUUCCAGUUCACAGCAGAGGCGGGCGUUUUACGACUAUCUUGAAGAUAUUUCCCUCUCUCUGUCUCUCUCACGAUUAGAAACCUGGAAUCUAUACCACAACAACUACAGCUUCACAGGAGCACAAACAAACACAGGCACUACAGAGCUGAGCGCUUCCUCAGCCAGUGAGUAACAUUACUGAAGAGCACAAAUGGACUGAAAAAAACUACAAGAGAACUACACAAGUAGUCAAAAACAGCUAAUGGAAUAAAAGCCAGGAGAAGAAACCAUCAGAGAAAAUUAACUCCAACCAGUCAACCUGCAAAGGGGACUGUAUUUGUGGAAACAUCUCCAACAUAACUGAGGAACACGGUCGACCAGCAUUAGAACAACAGCACCCAGUUUUAUCUGUCUGCAACUCAACCGACUCUGAGGAAUUAAAAUGCUAAAAACAGCACUUCGACUCAAGUGAAGCCACCAGAGAAGCUGCUCUGGAUUCAGUACUAACAAGAAAUUGCAUCAUGUCGUCCAUACCAGCCAGGCUGAUGGGCAAACCAUGUCCCAAAGGAGAGCAGUCUACUUUGACGUUGACCCUGGCCAUGUUAUUUUUUCUCAUAAGCAAACAAAUGGGAAAACAGUCAAAUUCCUUGUUCAUUGCCUUGAUGAAACUCCUGUUCAGACUUUUAAUAGAUUACCUCGGUGGCAACGCGGUCAGUUACUUUUUGAAGAUCUGAGAAAUUUCAUCACUACUUUCUUUUAAGCUUACUUCCUGUUGAACCCUUUCCAUAAAGCUAAAGGGAGGUUUACUGCAGUACUGGCACCUCUCUGGAUAAAGAACAACUUGUACAAUAAAAUAUAUAUCAAGGAGUAGUCAGAUUAGUAAUCAAACACAUUGGUCUUUUGGCUGCUGACCCAAUGCAGAAUGAUAUUGACUGUGGGAAAACCAAGCUGAAACUGUUGCUGUCUGCUAGGUCAUGAGUGGAAAAAGCUGUUCAGAAGAAAUUUUCUUGCUAAAUGAGACUCCAAGACGGCAAAAUGACUUCAAGCAAAAGGGAAAAGAGAUGUUCCAGAAAACCUUGGGGAGGUGUUUGUUCGGCAUUUUCAGAGGGGCACAGUAUGCCAGCAACAGAAGGACCACUCCCUCCAACGACGCCUCGGCUCUCUGGUCAGAAAGCCAAACCCGUCUGCACCAGCUCCAUACGCCAGAGCCCCUGCAGGCCCCGCCCAGCACUGGCAAGCCUGUCGGCUCCUCUUCUGGCCUCAUUGGGGCCAGCAGUGGCAUCCAGGGCCCCGGUGGCACUGGUUCUGGUGUCAGCCCAGUACUUGCUUGGCAUGCCGCCAUUAGCGCUGCACGCCAAGCACAGGGCGAUAGUGCAAAGCCCGACAUGAGUUCACGGCCCUCAGUUUGCACCACUGGACCACCGCCUGUGGGCUCACUGGCGCAGAGGAAGAGGCAGCAGUAUGCUAAAAGCAAAAAGCAGGGAGGAUCUACUAACAGCAGGCCACCCAGAGCUCUGUUCUGCCUCACCCUCAACAACCCGAUCCGCAGGGCCUGCAUCAGCCUGGUUGAGUGGAAACCAUUUGAUAUCUUUAUACUGCUGUCUAUUUUUGCCAACUGUGUGGCCUUAGCCAUCUACAUCCCCUUCCCCGGAGACGACUCCAACUCUACCAACCAAGAACUGGAAACAGUAGAAUAUGCCUUCCUGAUCAUUUUCACUAUAGAGACAUUUCUGAAGAUUAUUGCCUACGGCCUGGUCAUGCAUCAAAAUUCCUACGUCAGAAACGGCUGGAACAUGCUGGACUUUGUCAUCGUCAUUGUGGGGUUGUUCAGUGUGGUUCUGGAGAUGAUAACCAAAGACGCUGACUCUGGUGGCCAGUCUGGAGGCAAACCUGGGGGGUUUGAUGUCAAGGCCCUCAGAGCCUUUCGCGUGCUACGACCCCUUCGCCUUGUCUCUGGAGUUCCCAGUUUACAGGUGGUUUUAAACUCCAUUAUUAAAGCCAUGGUUCCCCUGCUUCACAUCGCUCUGCUGGUCCUCUUCGUCAUUAUCAUCUACGCCAUCAUUGGCCUGGAGCUCUUCAUUGGCAAAAUGCAUGCCACGUGCUACGUGAUACAAACAGGUGCCCUGGGAGAAGAAGAACCCACACCGUGUGCAGUGUCGGGGCAUGGCCGUCACUGCCUGUUCAAUGGUACAGUUUGCAGAGAGGGCUGGCAAGGCCCCAACAACGGCAUCACCAACUUUGACAAUUUUUUGUUUGCCAUGCUCACUGUGUUCCAGUGCAUCACCAUGGAGGGCUGGACUGACGUUCUUUAUUGGAUGAAUGAUGCAAUGGGCUUUGAGCUGCCGUGGGUCUACUUUGUCAGUCUGGUCAUCUUUGGAUCCUUCUUUGUUCUCAACUUGGUGUUGGGUGUGUUGAGUGGAGAGUUUUCCAAAGAACGAGAGAAGGCCAAAGCUCGGGGAGAUUUCCAGAAGCUACGUGAGAAGCAGCAGUUAGAGGAAGACCUGAAGGGCUAUCUGGACUGGAUCACCCAGGCCGAGGACAUCGACCCCGAGAACGAGGAGGAGGGAGACGAGGAGGGCAAGCGUAACCGGGUCACGCUGGCUGACCUCACUGAGAAGAAGAAAGGAAAGUUUGGCUGGUUCACUCAGUCCACAGAGACACAGGCGAGCAUGCCCACUAGUGAGACAGAGUCGGUGAACACAGAGAAUCACACUGGAGUGGAGGACAAAUCACCCUGCUGUGGACCGCUGUGUCAAAAAAUUACUAAGUCAAAGUGCAGUCGACAGUGGAGACGGUGGAACCGUUUCUGUCGCAGGAAGUGUCGUGCAGCCGUGAAAUCGGUGACAUUUUAUUGGCUGGUCAUCAUCUUGGUGUUCCUCAACACUCUCACCAUCGCCUCUGAGCACUACAACCAGCCAGACUGGCUGACUGAAGUACAGGAUGUAGCCAACAAAGUUCUCCUGGCGAUGUUCACCUUGGAGAUGCUGGUGAAGAUGUACAGUUUGGGGCUGCAGGCCUACUUUGUGUCCCUGUUUAACCGCUUUGACUGUUUUGUGGUGUGUGGAGGCAUCGUAGAGACCAUCCUGGUGGAGCUGGCCAUCAUGUCUCCCCUGGGCAUCUCUGUUUUCCGUUGCGUACGACUCCUUAGGAUCUUCAAGGUCACACGUCAUUGGGCAUCUCUUAGUAACCUGGUGGCCUCUCUGCUCAACUCCAUGAAGUCCAUCGCCUCCCUGUUGCUGCUGCUCUUUCUCUUCAUUAUUAUUUUCUCCCUGCUUGGCAUGCAGCUUUUUGGGGGCAAGUUCAACUUUGACGAGACUGUGACUAAAAGGAGCACGUUCGAUAACUUCCCCCAGGCCCUGCUCACUGUGUUCCAGAUCUUGACAGGAGAAGACUGGAAUACGGUGAUGUAUGAUGGCAUCAUGGCGUAUGGCGGUCCAUCCUCCUCUGGAAUGGUGGUCUGCAUUUACUUCAUCAUCCUCUUCAUCUGUGGAAACUACAUCCUACUAAACGUCUUCUUGGCCAUUGCUGUUGACAACCUCGCAGACGCUGAGAGCCUCAACACAGCACAGAAAGAGGAGGAAGAGGCCAAGAAGAGGAAGAAUAGUGCCAAGGAUGCAAGCACAGAUAAGAAGAAAGUUGAAAUAAUGGAAAACAAGGAUGGAGAAACCAAGGUGCCAGCAGAGGUCUUGCUGGAGGAUGACAAAGACUUGUAUCCUGCUAUCAACUCUCCAGUGUGUGAUAAUGAUGAUGACAAUAAUGAUGACCUCCCAGAAGUCCCGUCAGGACCCCGUCCUCAGAGGCUGUCUGAACUGAGCAUCAAAGAGAAGAUCCCACCCAUCCCGACGGGCAGCGCCUUCUUUAUCUUCAGCAGCACUAACCCGUUUCGUGUAUUCUGCCAUAAGCUCAUCAACCAUCAGAUCUUCACAAACCUCAUCCUGGUCUUCAUCAUGCUCAGCUCUGUCUCUCUGGCUGCUGAGGAUCCAAUACGCAACUUCUCUGCUCGCAAUAUCAUACUUGGUUAUUUUGACUAUGCUUUCACCGCAAUCUUUACUGUUGAGAUCCUGUUGAAGAUGACAGCGUUUGGAGCGUUCCUUCAUAAAGGGGCGUUCUGUAGAAACUACUUCAACCUUUUAGACCUGCUGGUCGUUGGUGUGUCUCUGGUCUCCUUCGGCAUUCAGUCCUCUGCUAUCUCAGUGGUGAAAAUUCUUCGUGUUUUGAGAGUCCUCCGUCCACUCAGGGCCAUCAACAGAGCCAAGGGACUCAAGCACGUGGUCCAGUGUGUGUUUGUAGCCAUCAGGACCAUCGGCAACAUUAUGAUCGUCACCACGCUGCUGCAAUUCAUGUUUGCUUGUAUUGGAGUGCAGCUCUUCAAGGGGAAAUUUUAUCGCUGCACCGAUGACGCAAAGUCCAGCCCAGAGGACUGCAAAGGUACCUACAUUCUCUACAACAACGGGGACGCAGCGCUGCCAAUGGUAAAGGAGAGGAUCUGGUACAACAGUGACUUCAACUUUGACAAUGUCCUCAUGGCCAUGAUGGCUCUUUUUACCGUCUCUACCUUCGAAGGAUGGCCCACUCUACUGUACAAGGCAAUCGACUCUAACAAAGAGAACAUGGGUCCGAUCUACAACUACCGCAUCGAGAUCUCCAUCUUCUUCAUCAUCUACAUCAUCAUCAUCGCUUUCUUCAUGAUGAACAUCUUUGUCGGUUUUGUUAUCGUCACCUUUCAGGAACAGGGGGAGAAGGAGUACAAGAACUGCGAGCUGGACAAGAACCAGCGUCAGUGUGUGGAAUAUGCUCUUAAAGCUCGCCCUCUGCGGCGCUACAUCCCCAAAAACCCAUACCAGUACAAGUUCUGGUAUGUGGUCAACUCCACUGGCUUUGAGUACAUCAUGUUUGUCCUAAUCAUCCUCAACACCCUGUGUCUGGCCAUUCAGCACCAUGGUCAGUCUCAUCUGUUUAACUAUGCCAUGGACAUCCUCAACAUGGUCUUCACUGGGGUUUUCACUGUGGAGAUGAUCCUUAAGCUCAUCGCCUUCAAACCCAGAAACUAUUUUGCUGAUGCAUGGAACACAUUUGAUGCCUUAAUUGUUGUGGGUAGCGUGGUUGACAUUGCCAUCACUGAGAUCAAUUCGGCAGCCAUUCCUGUCGUCAAGGUGAUAGUGGAACCAGGGAACACGGAGGACAGUGCCCGCAUCUCAAUCACCUUCUUCCGCCUGUUCAGAGUGAUGCGAUUGGUCAAACUGCUGAGCAGGGGGGAGGGAAUCAGAACUCUGCUGUGGACCUUCAUCAAGUCCUUCCAGGCUCUACCCUAUGUUGCUCUCCUCAUAGCCAUGCUGUUCUUCAUCUAUGCUGUAAUUGGAAUGCAGGUGUUUGGGAAAAUAGCCAUGGUGGACGGAACGCAAAUCAACCGCAACAACAACUUUCAAACCUUUCCUCAAGCUGUCCUAAUGCUCUUCAGGUGUGCCACAGGUGAGGCCUGGCAGGAGAUCAUGCUGGCCUGUCUGCCCGGGAAGCUGUGUGAUUCAGAGUCGGACUACAACCCUGGAGAGGAGAGAACCUGCGGCAGCGGCUUUGCCAUUAUCUACUUCAUCAGCUUCUACAUGCUCUGUGCUUUCUUGAUCAUCAACCUAUUUGUAGCUGUCAUCAUGGAUAACUUUGACUAUCUGACCCGUGAUUGGUCCAUCCUUGGGCCUCAUCACCUGGAUGAGUUUAAAAGGAUCUGGUCCGAAUACGACCCGGAAGCCAAGGGCAGGAUAAAACACCUCGAUGUAGUGACUCUGCUGAGGAGGAUCCAGCCUCCCCUGGGCUUCGGCAAGCUCUGCCCUCACAGAGUGGCCUGCAAGCGUCUGGUGGCAAUGAACAUGCCCCUGAACAGUGAUGGGACUGUCAUGUUUAAUGCCACCUUGUUUGCUCUGGUCCGCACUGCUCUUAAGAUAAAGACUGAGGGGAACCUGGAGCAAGCCAAUGAGGAGCUUAGAGCUGUGAUCAAGAAGAUCUGGAAGAGGACCAGCAUGAAGUUGCUGGACCAAGUGGUGCCCCCAGCAGGCGAUGACGAGGUAACAGUGGGGAAGUUCUAUGCCACCUUCCUGAUACAGGACUACUUCAGGAAGUUCAAGAGGCGCAAAGAGCAAGGUCUUGUGGGAAGGCGCUCGUGGGAGAGGCUGAACACCACCAUGGCUCUACAGGCCGGCCUGCGCACGCUGCAUGACAUUGGACCAGAGAUCCGUCGAGCCAUAUCAUGUGACCUGCAACAGGAGGGGCUAGUAGAUGCUAACGGGGAGGAGGACGAGGAAAUCUACAGGCGUAAUGGCAGUCUUUUUGGGAACCACGUCAACCAUGUCAGUAUGGAUCAGCAAGGCUACUCUCACCCGACCACCGUCACCCAACGGCCACUACAGAUCCUGCCCUCCUCCUGCAGUGCCUCAAUUGAACACACCCAGACAGGCAGGAGAGCCAGCGACGACGACAGAGGAGCGGAGACAGACAUGAACUCUUCACCCAUCCAGUACAAUCAUCAUUACCACCCUCAUUCCUAUAAUUAUCCUCACUGUAUUUCCACUUGCCAUCAAUCGCCAAUUCCCUCCAAUGCCAACCUCAACAAUGCCAACGUGCCCUCACUUCUUUCUAUGACCAAUGGGAGGCAGCAGAACUGUUUGUUAAGGCGAGACCGUCCUUCCUCCACCAAAAUUGGAUCAUCAGUGUCCACAUACAGCAAAGGAGUACACGACAAACUUUGGAAGUCACACUCCACAAGGACGCGCUACUAUGAGGCCUACAUUAGGUCAGAAAGCAGCGGUGGACUCUACCCCACCAUUCGUCGAGAGGAGCCAGGGGGAGGGGACAGCGAUGAUGAGCGAGGGUCGGGAGAGUACUACAGUGGUGAAGAGUUUCACGAAGAUGACAUUAUGCUCAAAAGGGACAGGUUGUCCAAUAAGGACCAGCAUGAUGCAGAGGGAGACUUUGACCUUGAGGUCUCCAGGGAUGACCACCAGUCUGAUGGUUACUAUGACGAUGACCAACAGCCAAUCUACCAAGAUGGCAGGCGUUCGCCUAGGAGAUGGUUUUUACCCUCACCUCAAGCCUCAAACAGGCCAACAUUCAGUUUUGAGUGUCUUCGUAGAAGAAGUAGUCAGGAUGAGGCCCUUGCCUCUCCAUCCUGCACAGCUCUUCCACUACACCUCGUGCAGCAACAGGUAAUGGCGGUGGCCGGUCUCGAUGCCAGCAGAAUUUACCACCUGUCUCCUGCACGGUCGCUUCGCUCCUGGGCCACGCCACCUGCCUCGCCCAUCAGUCAUGACUGCUCGCCCUGCUACACACCACUCAUACAAGUGGACUGGCGCAGUUCCGGCAGCGUCGGCAGCAUCCCCAACGCAGUGAAGAGGAGUUCGUGGUAUACAGACGGUCUGGAAGGUCCUCCCAGCCGCAGCCACUCUCCGUCCCGUCUGCAGUUACCUGCAGAGAGCUGCCCACACUUUCUGCAGAAGAGAGGCAGUGCCAACAGUCUGGUGGAGGCUGUGUUGAUCUCUGAGGGUCUGGGGAAAUAUGCCAGGGACCCCAAGUUUGUGUCAGCGACCAAACAUGAAAUCGCAGACGCCUGCGAGUUGACCAUUGAUGAGAUGGACAGCGCUGCCAGCAACCUGCUGAACGGCAGUAUGGAUAACAGCAACACUGGUGAAACGGGGAGUGUCAGCACGGACCCACAUGCCACUGCGCAUCUUAGAGACCGCAGUAUCCGUGACUACAGCGAUGAGGAGCCGUACGUGGCUGUGAAAUGCGAGGAGGACCUAACAGAUGAGAUGAUAUGCAUCACGUCGCUAUAGCAGCGGCUCACACAUGGGAUUAUUUAGGUUUUUUCAAUUGGAUUUCUACUACUGUUCCACAGUGAGGGGAUGUCUCUGUUCAGGUGCAUCCUGCAAUAGACAGAACAUGUAAAACAUGGAUGGAUAAGAGAACAAAGUGCCUUGUUUUCUCUUUCUGUGGAGUGGAGAAUUGAAACGGAUGGAUUCACGGAAGAGAUACAUUCAGCAGAUUUUGAAACCACAGCGAAAAUCUGCCUGCCAGCACGCCUGUCGUUUAGCAGGAAUUCAGGAUACUUCCAAGAGGUUGUUUUCUAUUUUCUUUAUUAUUGACAAUGGUUUGGGAGAGCAGAAUAACCUGGCAGCCUCACAGAGCCAGCCCACAGCUUGUGAAGUUAGUCUUACUAACAACAUCCAGCAGCUGAAAGUCAGACAGUUUGGUAAAAUGGAGAGUUGAUACACAGUUAUGAUGAUGUGAUAACAUUUACGUUAUGUGUGCAGUCUGUUGGUACUUCUUUAUUCAUAUAUUUCUGCAGCAUAUUGGAUUUGAAAUGAAACGACAACUUUGAAGGCUUUAAUUUGAGGGUGUUUGCAUCCAUACUGGGUGAACUGGGACUGUGAGCCUGUCAUUGUUGUAUCCUGACAUUGUGCGACUUUGUAUGAAGACCACAUACACUGUUCACUCAAAAUGAGGAGCCACUAAAACAUAAAACCAUUCUAAACACUUACAGACUGCACUGUAUGAAAUGUGUGUGGUUUUACUGAAAACAGUGAUGAGAGACUGAACGUUUUCAGAAGCACUGACCAGUGACAGACCAGCUGUAAACUGGUGGGAGUGAUUUCACAUUGAUCUAGUCUCCAAAGAGUGAAGCUGGCUUUGCAAAGCUGCAUUGCCCUGCAGCAAAAUGUCUAUGGCUACCCAGUGAUUCCAGGAGUUAGCUGAGUUUCAUUUCAUGUAUAUAAUGUGUGAUUUAACCUUUCGUGGUCACGAUAACAGAUGCAGUUUUGAUCUGCUGCUGUUAUUUACAUUACAUUUUGACCUCCAUGACUCAAAUGACACAAAACAACUUGAUUUUAUUUUCUGUUUUUUGCUGCUCUCAGUGCAGUGACGAUCAGGCUGAUCCAAAGCCAUCGCAGCUGCUAGGUAUGAAUCUAGGAGCUGCUCUGGGUUCACAGUUCAGGGUUUCAGGGUUUAACGUUGCUUGUCUCGGUACUUGACUUGAAAAGGAAAUCACAUAUCAACGAAAAAAGACUUUGUCCUCAGGCAUAUCCUUCUGUUUCACUGCACACUGAUGUGACACACAGAGAAACAUACUGUAAGUCCUUCCCCCCCUUACACCAACAACAGAGACACUAAUUACACACCAAUUAUAUUGACUUGAUUACUUUAAACACCCUGAAAAUAAAGGCAAAUUUAGGAUACCACAAUGUCACAGACUUGUUUCCAUGAUGAUCCUUAACUUAUAUCAAAGCCCCUUGAAAACUGUGAGGAGAGACCAUUUCAUUGUUACAAACUCAAUCAGAAUAUGCAAUGAUUCGCUUUACUCAGACCUGCUUUAGACUUUUUGAACGUGAAGUUCAGUAUUCACACUGAGAAUGAUAACAACUGUGGAGGAAAGGUUUAUAUUUCUGUAUGACAAAUACAGUAUAAUGCUGUGGUACAGCGGUCUUACCAGUCUGGGUUGUGAAACUGCUGCAUGAGACAUCGACUAAUAAUAUGUUUCCUCAUGACCACACACAAAAACAAAAAACAACAAGAAAAAAAAAGGAAAUCCAGAUGUUCCUUCCUCAUAGCUGAAGCACAAAGUCACCACAACAGGAUCGUCUGUCUGACCCUAGUCAUAUUUACUGCCGCUGUAGCCGGUAAGCUUUCCUUCAGGCCACUUCAGUUCUGUGAAUCGCACGUCACAUUUGAGUUUCACUUGCUGAGCAGUGUAAUUUCUCUCAGGCUUGUUUCACGAUGUGGCCGAUGAAGUAAGUAGAUCUGGAACAUAAAGGUCUGACACAUAUUUGCUAUUUGUCACCAUCUACAUAUUGUAUAUUUAAAAUGCCACAACAGAAAGCAAGCAAAACUAUAUUUUUCUGAAUAUAGAAAUUCAGUAUAUUGCUGUUGGGUGUAUAUUGUGUGUUUUGGAAUGAAAUGAAAUGAAAAUGAUUGAUGUUAGAUGUUGCCUUUUAUGUAGGAGUCCUUUUUGUUUCAAUGCCAGUUUAAGUGCGCAAGAUGUCUAAAACAGUUGUUGUCUGUGAAGGGAGAACUUCACAACCUGCUCGUAGAUAAAAACACUGAAGAGAAGCAACAUUUCUCACCUUCACAUUUGCUCCACCACUAACCAGUGACUGUCUACCACUGCCAACUGUAAUAACGUCUUCAGGUCAAGUUUUACAAACCAACACUGGCUUGUGGCAGGGCAAGUUUUUCCUCAGUUUAAAUAAUCAGGGCAACAUGUUUGCUCUGUGCUAUCAAAGGGCUCCUUCGGAUGUAAAACCAAAACAAGGGAUCAUUAAGUGCAUUUACAGGCACAUCAAUAUUCAAAUAUUACUCCAGAUGCAUCGAUUACUUUUCAUUUUCAUGUUGUUGACAUAUACACAUUUCAUGUGUACAAUAAUGACAAAAGGUUGAUGCCAAUAUUGAAAAGAGUUUGCUGUUGAUUUUUUAUUUUUUUGUCUUGCAUACAGAUAAUAUAGAUAUAAAGAUUAACGUACAGCAGGAUAUGAGCUGGUAUCUGGAAUAUGUACUGUAAAUGCACUCCUUCCUUCUUCUGUCCGGAAGAUUCACACAUACAGGUUUUAAUGGCCAAUACAGCUGAUAAAUAUGACUUAUGCAUUUUUUAACUGCAUGGACAUUGUGUUUAAUUAAGACUUUUGACAAAUGUUAUUAAUACCUCUGUACCUAUCCGGGUGUGUUGGUUAAUGUGUCAGGGAAAACUGUGGGAAAGGCCGCAUCUGCACAAAAUUGAAGAAAAGGUAUUUAAAGUAGUAAUAAUGUAAUUAAAAUCAUUUUCUGCAGUGAUUAAUCUGACUGGGCAAAAUUAGGACUGGUUAAUGGUGAUCUGAGACUCACAUAUCCAAAGACAGGAAAGUCAUCUCCAGUGUUUGAUUGACAGGUGACUUCUAGUAUGUGUAGCACUGAAAUCUGAACCAACAUCUGAAAAAAAAUCCCUCACACAAUCCCCCAGUUACCAUUUUAAAAUAUAUUGAUUUUGUGCAAAUACAGCCAGUAAUUCAGUUUUGGAUUCUGAUGACAAUUUGAAAAAUAUUUUAGUAAUUAGGAGCACUUCAAAAGCCAUAUUACACUUUGUAUAGUUGCUGCAUAUCCCACAUUUCUGAGCAGGCGAGCAGCCGAUAAAGCACCCCAUAGAAUGCAGGGCUGCAGUGUCCUGUGCAGUCGGAUUGGACUCUAUGGUUGUUGCAGGGAUCAAACCUGUGAUGGUUGAACAUCGGGCCCUCCUGCUCAAGAGCCGGCCAUGUUUUCUUCAACUCCUACAGCGGCUUCUGUCUGAUGUAAAUUACAUGUUGAGGAGUGAGAAACAGAUACUAAUUACUAGAUCAAAACCAUUUUUUAAAUAAGAAAGAAAUGAGUCAUUUAUUGUUAUCGUUGAUUGGUUUUUACAAAAAUAACUAUUUUAAUGAAAUCUAAAUUGAUUGGCACAUGACUAUACAGUCCAGCAGCAACAGAAACAACGCUCAUCCGCGCUUUAGUCACAGUACAACUAUCCAAAUACAUCCAAAUUUAGACUUAUUCAGAGAACUGUAGUGACAAAAAAACAACACAAAGCUUUGUUGUGCGACUGACAGCUUUAUUUUUUUGUACUGUUCCACUGCUUUACAGGUGAACUGACAAUGUAUGAAAUCUGUACAGUGUUCGUAAAAAAAAAUAAGUGAUGAACUUGAAGAUUUCUGCUUUCUACCCAUUUGUUGUAUGGAAAUUAAAAAAUAUAGCUCCAUCUACUUUGUAGCAUAAGUUCUAGUACCUUAUAUUAUAGAUUUUGUACCAAUGGAAAACAAAAACCCUGUUUUGUACAUUUGAAUUCUUGCCUGAAAUUAACCUGCUGAGGAUUUUUGUAAGGAUCACUGAAUAAAGUCACGAGGACAAGGUCA